UCCCUUCACUGUCGGUAAUUCCAUCACCAACACCCGGCAAAACCCAAGGUCAGGGAUGUGAGAAAACAAGAAAAGGAAAAUCUGAACUUCUGCAAAGGCGAUGUUUUGGUUCAAUACUAACUGAUUUUAUUCGUGUUCUUUUCCAAAAAAAAACGAUCUCUCCGUUCACCGUCUUGUUGUCGGUGAGGCGCAAUGCAUUUUGGUAAUCGUAGGCUCGCGGGCCGGUAACCCACAGCUCGUGUUGACCGACCGUUGGAAAAAAUUGAUGGAAGGAUUAAUCCUUGUGUUUGUGGGCAGGGUUCAACCUUUCCUAGCUAAAGGCCCCGUGGAACAGGCUCAGGCCUAUUAUUACGACCGACAGUGCGACUAAAAAACUACAUUACCCAUAAGAUUGCUGACGUCGGGACGGUGCGUGGCCCGACGAUGGUGUCCAGGACUGGAGGCCCUGUGAACGUCGUGACGUCAGCGCCGUUGGCGUGUGUGCGUGAUGAAAUCAACGGGGAGCGUGCUUUGGGGGUGGUGGCAGCGAGAGAGAAAGGGAGGAAGUGGCGGUGGUGCGUUUCCUUCCUGGACUUGUUCUCCUUGGGACUGAUGUUUCAUUAAUAGCUGUUAGUUUAAAACAGGAAGUAAAUGAAAUCCAAACGCAACUUUUGUUUUUGAUUAAAUGAAUAUUAGAUGCAUCUGGAUGUUGAUUUUGAACUCUGCACGUUUUCGGGCAAACUUAAGCUGAAGUGAAAAAUGCCCAGAAGGAAACAGUCCAAUCCUCAGCCUGUGAAAAUGGAAGAUAUACCAGAUCUUCAAGAGUCAGGGGACAGGACGUAGUGGCCGUCACUAAGGAGAAGAUGCUGGGGAAGCUGAAGAGUCUGAAGGUGGAUAAAUCACUGGACUGGAUGAACUACACACCAGGUUCUGAAGGAGAUAGCUGAGGCAAUUGUGGAGGCAUUGGUGGUGAUCUUCAGGAACCACUGGAGUCAGGGAGGGUCCCAAGGAGCUUGGAAAAUGACUAAUGUGACGCCCCUGUUUAAGAAGAGGAAGAGGCUGCAGAUGGGAAAUUUUAAGCUGGUUAGGCUGACCUCAGUUGAUGGUUCUGAUAGCUUGGAAUUUAUUCAUGCAAAUGACAAUGGGGUGUUUUCGCCAAGCUGCAAACGACUCAAGAUUGGGAAGGAACCACAAAAUUAUGUUGAGAUGGUGGAUAACCAAAUGGGAUCUACCCCAAGGCUACUUGAUAUGCUCACAGACAGCCUUGCUGAUUCUCCUGAACAGACAAAUGGUUUGAUCAGUCAGAACAGCAUGGAAGCCAAUGUGGACAUGAUGUUAGGAGACCACUGUAGCUUUGAGGAAACUUCCUUGAGUUCUGAUGGUCUGAAGAAAACCCAAGUCCUCGAUGGUAACCUGUAUAAAUGUCCUGACUGCAGCUAUACAUCUAAUCAGUUGAGUAAGAUCAAGUGUCAUUUUCUGAUUCAUAAAGGCCAGAAGCCUUCACAAUUUGACAAUGCAUCUGACCAAUUAGAAACUCCUAUUCAUGCUGAAACCCCGAAAAAGACCAUCAAAUGUGGCUACUGUGACUUUGCAUGUGAUCGUGUGAUAACCCUAACACGACACAAGAGGAAGCAUGUGAAAAAUAAGGCUGCAUUAAGAAGAAAAGAGAGUUCCAUUUCAAAUAAAUUCUUGCAGACAGAGUCCACUGUUGGAAGCGAGGAGAAGAAAUUUUACAACUGCUCAUAUUGCAGCUAUACGUCAUCACUGAUGGGGAACCUACAGCGCCACAUCCGAAUUCAUCUUGGAGAGAAACCCUUUAAGUGUGACCAGUGCUACUAUGCAACUGGCCAGUCAGGGAACUUGAAGCGCCAUAAGCUAACACAUACACAAAAAAAGUCUUUCACGUGCACCCAAUGUGAUUAUGCAUCUGGUCAGAUGGGAAAUCUCAAACGCCACAUGCUGAUACACACAAGAAAAAAAUCCUUCAAAUGCAGCCAGUGUGACUAUACCGGGGAUAGUAUGGCAGAUUUAAUGCGGCACAAACAAAAUCAUAAAGAUGACAAAAGUUUACUGCACAAUAAUGAACCAGACGUAACUGCAGUUAAAGCAAGUGGUGAGGAGAAGCCUUAUAAAUGUUUAUAUUGUAGCUAUGCAUCACCAUUGCUUGGAAAUCUCCAGCGACACACCCGCAUUCAUCUUGGAGAAAAACCUUUCAAGUGUGACAAAUGUGAUUAUUCCUCCUGUCAAAUGGGGAACCUUAAACGUCAUUCGCUCACACAUACACGGGAAAAAAUGUUCAAAUGCCACCAAUGUGGAUACAGCUGUGGCAAUUUAUUGGACUUAAAACAGCACAAACAGACUCACAUCAAAGGAAAGCUUCAACAAGAUGAGGGGAAUCCUGUACAGGAUAAGUCAAGCAUUACCAACAAAGCCUCAACCCAUACUCCUGAGCAAGUUGCACCAAAAAUUGGGGAGGAAAAGCCUUACAAAUGUUUGUAUUGUGAUUAUACGUCACUACUGUUGGGGAACCUUCAAAGGCACACUCGAAUUCACCUAGGAGAGAAGCCCUUCAAAUGUGACCAAUGUGACUAUGCAACUUAUCAGUCUGGACAUCUUAAGAGGCAUAGACAGACCCACGUGCAUAAAAAGUCACUCAAGUGUCGCCUAUGUGACUAUGUCUGUAAUAACAUGGCCGACCUAAAGCAACACCAGCAAGAACAUACUGAGAAAACGGCAAGUGGAGAAAAGAAGCCUUACAAAUGUACAUACUGUAAUUAUGUAUCUUCUUUAUCAGGGAACCUGCAAAGGCACAUUCGCAUUCAUCUGGGAGAAAAGCCCUUCAAAUGUGAUCAGUGCGAGUAUGCAUCUCAUCAGUCAGGAAAUCUGAAGCGUCAUGUAUUAACUCAUUCUCGGCCCAAGUCAUUUAAAUGUGGCAUCUGCUAUUACAACUGCAGCACUGCAGUAGAAUUAAAGGAACAUAAGGAGAGUCAUGUUAAGAAAGAAUUGCUGGUAGAAGAUGACGCGAAUGGGAAUGAGAAAGCCCAAGGACUUUAUUCCUGCAAGCUGUGUAGCUUUGUCUCCGAAUAUUCCGGCCACCUCAUGCGCCACAUGAAAACGCACAAUUCCGAGAAGCCCUAUAAGUGUCACUACUGUAACUAUGCAACAGUGCAACAGGGUAAUCUUAAACGGCACAUAUUGAUCCAUACUGGGGAAAAACCCUUCAGGUGCAGUGAGUGCAAUUACACCUGUAGCCGUAUGGAGAAUUUGAAGCGACACAAGCUAAUUCAUGCAGAGAAAACGCUUUCAGGGGAAGGCAGCAGUUCACUGAAAUCCGAGAAACCCUAUUGUUGUGUAUUGUGUAAUUUUAAAGCGCAGUACCCAAGUAUACUUACCAGGCAUGUGAAGACACAUGCAGAUUCGGCUAGGAAAAGCUUGGGCACUCAACGAUCUCGCACAGGUAAAAAACCUUUUCACUGUGAAAAAUGCACCUACUCUACUAAUAGUGUAAUCAGAUGGAGGGUACACUUGCAGAAUCAUAUGGAUGAUGAAGGGGAGCUACAAUGUAAGGAAGAAGGAGAGUGUGAAAAUGUCAAAAAAUAUUUUUCUUGCAAUUUGUGUGACUUCAUUACGCAACAUGCCAACAAUUUAAUAGGGCAUAUGAAAACACACAGCACAGGCUCAGUGUCCAGUGAUCCCCAGCUACCUUCCAAAGAGACUGUUGUUCAGAGUAGUGAAAACAUUUUUUCUUGUAAAUUGUGCAGUUUUGUUACCCAAUACCCCAACCACUUCAUAAUGCAUAUGAAAACACACAUGAAAACGCACAGCAACAGCAAAAGUGAAUACCAAUGUUCCCACUGCAGCUAUACUACCAAACAAUCUGGGAACUUCAAGCGCCAUAUCCAGGUUCAUUUAGGUGUCAGGCCAUUUAAAUGCAACAAAUGCAACUACGCAUCGAUUAAUUUUGCCAAUUUGAAAAGGCACUUACAAACGCACUUGAAGCAAGCAUCUAGCCAGUUGGAUUCCUCAUCUUCUCAAACAGCUGAUCUCGACCAACCGGAGAAUAUUAGCAUAAAAAAAGAAAAAGAGAAUGAUUUGUGUUUACAGGAAGAUAAGCUUGAAAAUGUUCCUGAACCCCCUUCCUGUGAAUCAAGUGGUUCUAUCCAUAGCCAUGUUGCAAGGAAUUUGAAACGGAGGAGACAGUAUAAAUGUUCACAUUGCUAUUAUGAGACUAUAGAGUUGGGUAACCUUAACAGACAUAUCAGGAGCCACAAAGGAGAAAAGCCUUUUAAAUGCAACCAGUGCAAUUAUGCUUCCACACAAUUAGUCAAUGUCAAACGGCACCUUCGAACACAUGCAGGAAAAGAAUCCUACCAGUGUACUCAAUGUGAGUUUGUAUCCGAGAGCAAGGCAGCCUUUAAACGCCACACAGAUAACCAUCUGGCGAGAACUGAGGUUAAACGAGAAAUGGAGGAUGGGAAUAGCCUUAGCAAGGAACAGAAAGUCUUCUCUUGCAGUUUGUGCAAUUUUGUCUCACAGUACCAGAGCAACCUCAUAAGACACAUGAACAUACACAACUACAAAAGGCCAUAUAAAUGUUCGCAGUGUAACUAUGUCUCUGCCCAACUGGGCAACCUCAAACGACAUAUGAGGAACCAUAUUAAAAAAGAAACUUUCCAGUGUGAUCAGUGUAACUAUUCAUGUGCUUCUAUGACCAACCUCAAGCGACAUGCCAAGAUUCACACAAGUUAAUGGAAAACUGUGCAAUAAAGGAAAAGCCUCCAUUUGAGACAACAGAAAUGCCUGUUUUAACAAGUUGAGUAGUUUUGAUUGGCAGCAUUCAAAACCUUGAUAUCGGUUUAAGGAGCAGUGCAGUUAUUGCUACUACAUAUCACAGUGAAGGAUCAAAGGACUGUGGUGGACAUUUGGGUGAGCGAACACCCCAGUCUGUGCAGCACCAUGAGACUGAAGAAAUUCAGCAUGGCCAAACAGAAUGAACUUGUUUUUGAUGAACUAGAGGCUGUGUGCCACUUUUGUGUCUUUACUUGAAAUCAUUGUAAAUCUUAAAAAUACGUUUGUAUGCACAUUAUUUUUUUUUGUUGUUGAACACCAGUAGAGUGAAGGCUGCCUUUUUGGUAGGAUAUCCACCUAUCUACUGCAGCUCAUCUCUUUAGCAGCCAGUAAGUUUUAAUCACAAAAUUAAGGCUAAAGGUCAUCAUAGUCUGUGAAAAGUCUACUUAAGAGCUUUACUCAAAGCCUGAUAAAUGGUGAUAGUUUAGCUUUUAUUUUGGAAAGGCAAACUACGGGUCUCUAUGAUAUAAUGGGACAGUUAGGGUACUAAAGAGAUGAACUGAUUUUUGUUUCUUCCCUACCUGCUGCUCCCCCCUCCACAAUAUCCAUGUUCCUGGAUUUCUUAUUUUAUUUUCUUAUGUUUAAAAUGAUGUAAAUAGGCAUUAAUAGCUAAAUAGCCUAAUGAAUGUACAUUAGAAAAUGGGGAAAUACUGUUCCUUCAUGGUCUUGCAUUGAUCAGUGAGUGACUGGCCAAAUAUACAAAGAUGUACCUGUACUACUACUGAAGGAGAUUGAACUUCUUCAGUUUUCCUGGGAAUACUACAGUAGGUUUACACUGGGGUUGUUGAUUUAGAUUAAAUCUGAAUAGACUUUUUAAUCAUUUAAAAAAAAAGCAUGGGUUGUGAUUUUUUUCACUAACUUAAAUAUUUAGUUUGGACUGGAGAGUUUCAUGUAAUAUAAUACAUCUAAAAUGCAUAUUUUGAUCUAGCUGAUAUCUUGCCAUGUCAAAAUAUAUCACUUUUCUAGUACUCAUUGUGAUUAUGAAGAGAAAGCAGAGAGGAGAUUUGAUAAAGGUACUCUAAAGUCAUGAGAAGUUCUGGUAGAUGAUUAAGGAUCAAGAAUGCACUGCCAACCUCUGGAGACAGAUCCAGUUAUGCCUUUCAAACAGGAAUUUGAUAGUUAUAUGACUUUGAAGCAAAACAAAAUGCAGGGCUAUUCAGAAAAGGUAGGGGAAUGGGAAUUUGAGAUGCUGGUACAGAGGCAACGUAGACAUAAUAGAUCAAAUAGCCUCCUAUGCUAAAACCAUUCUAGAUUCCAAGUGUAGGCAAGUCCGUAAAAUGCACCUUUUCCUCAGCAGACGGGUCACUUGAAUGUUGUUUUGUUCUUCAUUUGUGGGUGCACUCAGCAAUUUUUGACAGUUUGAAACGAAGCCCCUAAAAGCAAGUUGAAAUCUGUCGAUUAUAGAUUUUGAUCAGUUCUUGUUUUGUCUUUGAUUGCCUUCUAGGCUGUCUACUUCUACACGUAUGACGCAAUCUAGUGUGUGGUGCACAGAUCUUUUCUUUAUUGUACAACUUCAUUGCAACAUCCCAUGUGGUGUUGUAUGAAACAUUCUGGGUGUUCCAGCUAGACUGUACAAACUAGAUGUCUGUAAACCUGGACGUAAAUCAUGUUGUUUUUGUUUUUUGGUUUGAUUAGUUCAGGACUAACCCUAAAGAAGAUCCAAUUCAGGAAGAAAUGAUGCUUAAUAUAGAUUUCAGGUCACGCUAUUGCUCUACUAUAUGUUGCAUUUGUUCCAAAUCCAUAAAACAUCAAUGAAACCUGAGAACUAGAAAAAAAAAGCUCAGAAGUAGUAUCAUUUGCUUAUGCUUUUGACCUGGGAGUGUAUUAUAGGCUCAAUGACCACGUGCAGUCAGGAUUUCCAAGUUCCCUUAUGUUGUACCAAUGUGCGGCUCUACUGAGAUUUUCUUUUAUAAUUUUAGUUUUGAAAGUGGGUUUUUGGUGUGAUAUGUAAAAUUGCAGUUUACAUAUCACAUGUUGAAACCAGUGUUAGAGAGCAUAAAGUAGUGAGGGUGAUUUAAAUGAAAAGAGAAUGUUUGUCUACUGAACCUUUAUCACUUAUCAAGCUGGUUCACGAUGAAUCUGGGUCAUAAUAGUGUGGCUUAGAUUGGUGUUCUCCCUUGGCAAUUUGACGUAGCUGGCAAGUUGGCUCGGUAAGUUGGCUUAAUACUAAAUAGGAGGAGUAGACCAUUGAGCCCCUCAAGACCUGGGCACCAUUCAACAAAGUCAUGGCUGAUUUGCCCAGGACCUCAACUCCUCUUUUGUGCCAGUUGAAGUUAGCUAUCCACUUCCUGUUAUUUCAAAUAUCUAUCUACCUCCUCUUCAUUUUUGUUUUAAACACUUUUUUGAUCUAGCCUCCACAGAUUUAAGGUGUAGAGAAAUCCUGAUGUACACUAGCUCAGGGAGAAGAAAUUUCUUUGCAUCUCUAUUUUAAAUUAUUGCCCCCUUAUUCUGUAAAUGUAUUUGCUAGAUGGGAUGCUCCCACUAGUGGAGAAAUGUUUUCAAUCUAACCGGUCAAGCCCUCUUAGAAUAUGGUAUGUUUCAAUAAGACGACCCCUCAUCCUUCUAAACUAAUUAAUAAGGGGCUAACUUGUUUAUCCCUUCUUUAUAGUCAACCCUUUCAUCCCAAGAAAUGGAAAAUAAUUUUCAGAUUCAACAGUCAUACAGUUCAUCUCUCAAAAAUAACAAGAUUUAUGCUUCUGCAUUCAUUCCACAGAAGAACAAUUGCUCAUGCUAUUCCUGUGGCUUUUGGAGAAAGGACUGUGAUUUUCAUUUUUUCUGAACAAAAUUAAUCAUUUAGAAAAUCAACAUUUAGGCCAUGUUAUUGCUUUUCUCAAAGAAACCCUGCUUCCUAUAGGAUUUAAAAGUACUGUGAUCAAACUAAAUGCUGAGUAUGUAGCCUGUAGUUUAGUUCAUAUAAACACCUCAAACCUUCCAUUAAAAAUAAAACCUUAAGUAAAAUAAGAUGUUGAAAUCAUUGGACAUUAUUUUGUUCAGAAUUGGAGGUGCAGCUUGAAAAAGCUGAAAACAAUGCGGUAGUAAAUUUCAACUUGUCUUGGUAACAUACUAAUACAUCAAUUUUUGACUAAAACUUGCUAUAAACAAAAUAAGUUAAUUGUUCAUUCAAAAAUUGCAUAGCUACAGUGUGAGAGACAGAUAUGGUGUUGAACAUGGAAAUCUAGUAGCUGCAAUUAAGAGAUGUGCUGCUUUCCAGCAAAUGGUCCAAAAACUGCAUCUCACUGUUUGACUGACCACCCAAAUGCAUUAAACAGGAUAAUGCUCUCCUGUAUUUGCAUAGCAAAUUGAGCUUGUCUAUUUCAGGCCAAAUGCCCUCUUCUAACUUAAUGUUAGAAUUUAAUUACUGUCCAUUUUUUAAAAAAAACUUUUUUAAAAGCAUGGAAUAACCUUUUACCUUUUGCAUCCAAUUUUUGUUUAUUUUUGCUUUAUUUCUGCAUCUGUUUCCCAAGCACCCAAAAGUCAGUGGGAAGGCCAUCUGGGAAUUUUGAGACCCUCCCAUCUGCAAACUUGCCAGGAGAAGACUGUAAAAUUAUGAGCUUGGUGCAUCAAGCAUCACUGUUAUAAUGCUGUGCUACAUUUUAACAGCCCUGCAAUUUUACUAAUUUAACUUGAAGGCAAACUGACAACUGUGAUAUCCCUUUGUUUCAGUAAGGGAAAAUUGUUAAAACCUUUCACUAAUCACGAUUUCCAACGUUUUUCAAAAUUUAAGAAUAAAUUUUAAUUUAGAGUUGCCCAGAAAAGUGAUUCUGAAAAAAAGGUUGCCAUUGUGAAUGUGUAAUUUUCAGAAGGUUUUCUGAAACAGUUAGAUUUUCUUACAUGUCAUUUUCAGUGGGAUUGUUUAGUUAACAGCAAAACCACGGCCAAUAUUCAGUCGAUCCACAAUGGAUUCCUGACAUCAGGAUACAUUGUAUAAUGUUGCAAAUUAAACAUCUGUAAGACAGUACUUGGUACAAAAAAAUUGUUUGCAAGCUCAAAGGGUAAUUUGUUUUUUCUAUAAAUUAACAAAUAAUGAGGUGUCUGUAUCCUAGAAUGAUCUGACAGUGCACUGUCAUAAUUGCAAAAACAUGUUUCAAGUAUAUAGUAAUGUAAAAUAAAGAUCAAAAAAUAUAGCCAGCAAAAUAUCAUUCUGUAAUCUGGAUUGCAUGCUUGAUGGACUGCUAUUGGAAUGCUAACACCCACUUCUCUCAAAAGACAAUGCAAAAUAGUGUUUCUGGAAAGAUACAGGGAAGGUAAUUUUAAAAAUGCUGGAAGUAGCAACAGGUCAGGCAUUAUCUAUGGAGAGAGGAAAUUAUUGCUUCAUCAGAACAGAAGACUGAUAGACAUGAGUUUUUAAACCACUCUCAAAGGGAGUGACGGGAACAGUGGAUUAGAAAAACAGAAGGAAGGUAGAAAGGAUUAACUAAUAAAAUAUUUUAUGAUGCCAAGCCAGAGUGAUAUUGGGUAUAGUAAAGAAACAAGGGAUCAUCAAUGUUAUUAACACUUUUUUUUCACCCCAACCUCCUAUUCACCUGGACCAUCUCCAAUACCUGCCUCUCCUUCCUUGAUCUUUCUGUCUCCAUCUCUGGUCACUGCCUCAAAACUGACAUCUACUUCAAGCCCACCGACUCCCACAGCUGCCUGGACUACACCACCUCCUCUUACCCACCUUCCUGCAAGAAUACGAUCCUCCUACUCCCAAUUCCUCUGCCUCCCACACAUCUGCUCCCAAAAUGGGGUGUUCCACUCCUGCACAUCCCAGAUGCCGUCUUAUUUCGAGGACUGUAACUUCCCCCUUCCGGUGAUUGAAAAUGCCUUCAACCACAUCUCUUGCAUUUCCUGCACUUCUGCCCUCACAUCCCCUCCCCGCUGAGAAAAAUAAAGACAGAAUCCCCCUUGUCUUCUCAUAUCACCCCACCAGCCUCUACAUCCAACAUAUCAUUCUCCGCCACCUACGAUCUGACCCUGCAACCAAAGAAGUGUUUCCCUCCCCUCCCCAUUUGUCUUCAAGGACUGCUGUCUCCUCAAAUCCCUCGCCGAUUCCACACUCCCCACCACCCUCGGCACCUUUCCCUGCCACUGCAGGAAGUGCUACACCUGCCCCGACACCUCAACUCCAUUCAAGGCACAAAACAAACCUUCCAUUAUCAGACAGGGGUUCACCUAUACGUCCAUCAACUUGGUCUACUGCUCCCGUUGGUGGCCUCCCUUAUAUCCCUUAUGUGACCAAGCAUAGACUUGGAGAUCGUUUUUGUAGAGCAUCUGUGCUCUGUGUGACAAAUGACAGCACCUUCCAGUUGUGAACCAUUUUAACUCUCCCUCCCACUACCUGUGUGAUGUACCCAUCCUGGGCCGCCUCCAGUGUCACAAUGACACCACCUGCAAACUGGAGGAGAAGCACCUCAUAUUCUUCUGCCUUGGGAGCCUACAACCUGAUGGCCUAAACAUGGAAUUCACCAGUUUUAAAUUCUCUCCAUCCCUGGCCACAUCCCAUGUCCAAUCCUCCCCCUCAAAUCCACUUCUUUGACCUGAUACAACCUUCUCUCCCACCAAUCCACCCCUCCCCCCUCACUGACCAAUCCGCACCACUCCCUUCCUGCAGUCACUUAUCACCAUCGCACUUACCUUCCCCAGCCUCACCUCUCCUCUCCUAUUUAUUUCUGAGCUUCCUUCUCCCUCCCCAUUUCUGAAGGAGGGUCCUGACCUGAACUGUCAACUUUUCUGCUCCUCUGAUAUCUGGCCUGCUGCACUUAUCCAGCUCCAUACUCUGUUAUCUCUAACUCCAGCAUCUGCAGUUCUUGCUAUCUCCAAGGUUGCAUCGUUGUCUGGAUACAGUGGCACACUCCUGUAAUCGGCUUCUCGGAGAGUGAGGCUUUUUCAUUGCCUGAGGGUGAGAAUUAUUGGCUUGACUGAUUUUAGUGGGAACAAUGUACACUUGGCACUAUUCAGGGAACGUGAUUACCAAGUGUGCCAAGAAAGGUGAAAUGGUGCAGGUGGUGAACGGAACAAGUGAAGCACCAUCUGCUGCCCAUCUUCCCCUUACCAUCCACAGUCCUCCAAACUGCUAAUGCCAGGUGACAAGGUGGUGAGAGGUUAAGGCCAAUUCCUUGUGUUCAGCACAAGCACAACACAAACUGAAGGAACAACACCAUCUUUUAUCCUGGCACUCUACAGCCUCCUGUGCUGAAAUGUGACUGCAUAAAUUUUAGGACGUAACCCCUGCCUCUUUUUUUUUAAAUUCACUCAUGGGAUAUGAGCAUCGUUAGCAGGGCUAGCACUUGUUGCCCUUGAAAAGGUCAUGGUGAGCUGCCAUCCACAACUGUUGUGGUCCGUGUGAUGUAGGUAGAUUCUCAAUGGUGUUAGAGGGAAUUCUAGGAUUGUGACCAACACCAGUGAAGGAAUGCUGAUAUCUUUCUAAAUCAGGAUGAGGAGUGGUUUGGAAGGGAACUUGCAGUCAGCAGAGUUCCAUGUAUCUACUGAAAUGUUCUUGAUAGGAGUGGUUGAGUUUAGAACGUGCUAUCUAAGGAACUCUGGUGGAUAAUACACACUACUGCUGAGCAGCAUUGAUGGACUGAAUGUUUGUGAUGUUGAUUUGCAUUUGUUCAGUGGCUUUGUUCUUUUGUUCCUUUUUGUGUUGCGUUCAGUUAUCUGCUGUGUAGUAAAUUGUGCCUCAUCUGGGCACAACCUUUAUUUGCUACUAUGUCAUUCUUCCUUUUGCACAUGAAAUCUUUUGUUCAUCCUUCCUGUCCUUCAAUUUAUCUCAGACCUUCUCGAAUUCAUGUUGUCCUUUCUUCACUUCUGUUGCCUUAAAAACUCUUUCUUCUAUCUUCCUGUUUUGAUUAAACACUAUUAAUACCAACUGUUCCACAGAUACUGCCUGACUUGAGUAUUUCCAGCAUUUUUGGUUAUAUUUCAAAUUUCUAGCAACUGCAGUAUUUUGAUUUUUGAGGAAAAGGUUUGAACUGAUUUUAAUUAUGUUAAGCUGGCAUUUAUGUGCACAUAGUACUGUAUAUUUUCUUUUAAGAAGCUGUUUGAAAGAACAACUUGCGUAGUCGCAAUUCACUGACUCUGACAAAGAAUUAUUGGGAAUGCCAUUAUUGAAAUGGAUUGUGGCUGUUCUGUGCAAAUUGCUGGCUUAAGAUUUUGACUACUGUUGUAAAAGUAAGCAUUUAAGCCAUUGAAACAUACUUAUCUAAUAUUAAUAUAUGCAUUUCCAAAUUAUUCGUGCAAUUCUUAAUGCAAUGUUAUGCAAGUUCUAAAUGUGUUCUGUGAGAGUUCAGAGGCUUAUACGUUUCUAAAACACAAUUGUCAAAAAAAUUACUGUGAAUAUAAAAAACGACAAAUAACUGUACCUCAGUGACCACUUAUGAACAAAGCCCUCAAGUGAGGUACACUGUGAUUAUAGAUUAUAUCCUUCAGAAGUUUGGGUUUACUUCAUUCUCUGUAUUAGUCUCUAAAGUUAAAUGCAAAACCAUGUUUUAGACACAAAACACGAGUUGUGGACUUGUUUUAACCAAAUCACUAAAAUUAUUCUUCAGUGAUCCUAUCAUUUUCUUAGAAGUAUAAAACCUAAUAUGGUGGUGACAUCCUGGCUGUCAUUUAUCUACACAAUGAAUUUAGAUAGUAAAUCUUAACCAGGUGCAUCAUGUUUUUCCAACUAAGGUUUGAGAUCUUAGUGUAUAAUGUUUGACUAAAGUAGAAUCUUAACAUUAACUAUUUUUUGUAAACACCAAAUUUCACAGGUUAGAAGAAUUGAAUCAAGCUUAUAACUUCAACGAUAUUAGUGUUUCAAAAGGUGUGAUACCUUAGAAAAACAAUUCCAUUCACUUCAUGUGAUAUUUUGAAAUGGCUGAAGGUGCUGGAACUACCAAUGGGCCCCGACAGCAUUAGAGCACAAGCCAUUAGUACAAGUGCUGCAGAACUAGUUGUACCCCUAGUCUUGCAUAUUCCAGUACUGCUACAACACUGACAGCUAGCAGACAAUGUAGAAAAAAAGCCCAGGUAUGCCCUGGCCCCACAAAGCAGGACAUAUCCAACCCAGCUGCUUAUCAUCCCAUCACUCUGUAGUCAAUCAUUCGAACAUGAGGAAAAGAUUUUUGACAGUGUUACCAAGCAGUACUCAUUCAUCAACCCUGUCCAAUUACUUCAAUGACCCUCUAGCAUAAUAUCAGAUAUGUUACCCUUGACCAGAAACUGAACUGGUGAACUGGGCCAGCUAUAUUAUUAGUGUAACUCCAAAAGCAGGUCAGAGACUGGGAGUGUGAACCACUUGACUAAAAAUUUUACCAACUAUCACAAAGCACAAGUUUGGAAUGUGAUGCAGUAUAUUCCACUUGAAGAUGAAUUCAUCUAGAUAACCUUCAAAAGGCUUGAUGCGAUCCAGGACAAAAGGAUCGCCUUGAUUUGACAAUACCUGUACCACUUUAAAUUUUCACUCCUGUCACAAUGUGGAGUGGUUGCAUUUGUACUAUAUGCAAGGGACAUGACAGUAACUUGCCAAGUCGUCAUUAACAGCACCUUCCAUACUUGCAACCUCGUACCCAGGUCGAGUGUAGCAGAUGCAUAGACACAUCGCCUGCAAGUUCUUCUCCAAGCCAUACAACAAGUUGACUGGAACAAGAACAUUGUUCAUUCAUUGGUGCUGAUCAAAAUCCUGAAAUUCCCUUUCUAACAACCCUGUAGAUGUACUAACAUCAUGUUUACUCUUGCAAUUCAGUAAGUUGGUUGAUCAUUUUCCAGUGGGCGAUUAGGAAUUAGCAACAAAUCCUAUUUUUGACAAUGCUAAUGCAUCCCGUGAAUUUUUUUAAAAGCUUGCUAAAUGUAUCUAAUAGUAAAGGUCUAGGACUGUUUUCAUCGGACUUAAUUUUUUUUUUCAAAUGACCAGGGGCUGGAUAGCUGAGGCUAUCAAUUCACACAUGUUCUGGUGAUCAACAUGUAAUAUUUGUGAUGCAAGUGGCUUUUCAGUUUAUCCAUGAUUCUUGCACUUUUGAGAAGCAAGAACCUGCAUGAUAAGAUACAGUUAUUGCAACAGCAAACACUAUAACGGUAGUCAUUUAAUGUACAUCAGCCUGUAGAUAGAACAAGUCAAAAAAACAACCUUGGAUCCUGAACACACUGGUAGAACCUGAGAUUGUAAUGAUUAUGUGAGUAUAUACAGAUGGUGCAGGGGAACAUUGUAUCUCCUCACUGGCUAAGUGCAUUUCAAUUCUGACUACAUAUUUGCAUGAAUUAAUUAGAAUUUUUUGGUAAAAAUACUUGGUCAAACCAAUGUGAAUAAUUUACAAAUCCUGGAUCUUCUUAAAGCAAUGCAAUAUUGUAAUGUUAUUUGUCACUAGAUAUAUUAAUUGACCAAUCCUGCUAGUGAGAUAUCGUUAAUGGAGUUGUAUUCCCAUUUUACCAAAUUCACAUUUCUUUCUCCAACAGGAUAAAGAAAUCCCUGUUUCGGAGAAACAGCAGACCUAAUGUCAAUUAUUGGACAUUAAAAGACAAGACAAAAGUCUUUGUGCUUGCUAGUCUCACAUGUUUAAAGGGGGGAAUAAGGCUGCUAAGCUAUAACACGCAGGUUGAGAAACAGAAAUAAAUGUAAAAUGUUAUUUCGCAAAUGCAACAUCUAAGUAGGCCUUCCCAUAUUUGAACCACAUAUUACUCCAGUUUUGUUAGUUACAAUUUAACUUGUAAAAUAUAUGUUUUGAAUUAGGUAACAAUCUGCUAAUAUUUGGUGACACAUCCCAGCAACGAGUACAUGUCUGUUUCGUGAAAUGUUCUACAGUGGAAUUUUCUUUCACUAGGAUGUGUAAACAUACAGUGCUUGAUCCUUACGUUUGAUAUGUUGGUGUGAAGUCGGGUAGCGUACUUAUGGUUUGGGAGACAGGAAGUUAGAAUUUGGUGUUAGCAAAAUGCUAAGGGGGAAAGCAUUGUGUGGUCCGUUUUAAAGAUGAUUUAUUUUUUUAAGCUUGGAGAUUUAAGAUUUUAAAAAAAGUCUGAGUAGUAGCUGAAAAGUUUACAAGUACACAGAGUAUGCGAAUUAAAACAUUUGUAUCAAAAGCCUAUACAAUUAGCAGACCGAGCAGUAGUUUUUAACCGAGACAACAGGUUUUGAAUUUAGCCAAUCAAUUUGAACCAGACACUUAGAUACCAAAGGCCAAUUAAAUUUAAAUCUGAUGGUUUUUGACAACAUAGGAUCAAUCCUAUUACAAGAAAUUGAUAUAACAUCAAGGGUAUCAGAAUGGGCAGUUGGACAAAGACAAGAGAGCUAACUGCUACCUGCUAGAUUUAAUAGCCUUCAGCUCUUGAGAGAAUCAAUGGCUCUUACAGAGAAAGUGACAUCGAAACAACAAAGGUACCCUUGGCACAACUUGUUAACAUUCCUGACAGAAGAAUUGACAGAUGAGGCAUUGAGCAUUCUGGAAGACACGUAACCUGGCUGUAAUUUUGAGAGAUUAAAAUUCUAUCUUUUAAAAUUUUAUUUUAUGUAAGUGGGACUCGUAUUUAUUGGAAUGGCAUACUAAUAGAAUCUAGUUUUCUUUGGGAAUAGUUCGUAGUUAGAAGGGAUUUAUUUUGGUUUGUUAAUAGUUUAGUCCAUUUGUUUACUGUUAGAAUUAAUUAAAUAAAUUCUCACUUUUUGACUAUAAAGUGGGUGUCAGGGGUUUAUUUUAUUUAACCGCUCAAAGUUGUCAAAAGGCAUGUUAUACCAUUUUUCACAUUCUUUUUACAGACUAUUGGACAAAGUGCUCCUCUUUGGGUUUUUUCGGUAGAUUGGGUUAACCUCCACUUAAUAUACAAAACUGUUAAAUAUUGUUAUAAAAUUACAAAUGUUUGCUGCCAGAAGAUGUUUUUUUGAUUGUUAAUUUCCACAUUGUCUUUCCUGUUAAGUUUAAAAAGAGACACAAAUAUAUAUUUCAAAAUCAAAACCUUGAUAUGUCAGGAAAAGUACAUUAAUCUUUACGCUCUUCAUUAUCAUGCCUCAAUUGUUAACCAUUGCUGAAGUUUUUGGUCUUUUGGUGUGUUUCAGCAUUUUAUCAGUUAAGUCACAUGUUUAAGUUUAAAUUCUAACUGUUUUUGAGAAAAGUUGUUAGGCCUUCACGUGAGGGGAACCACGUGUGGGGACAGGAAGAUGUGGGUGGGAUAGUGGAUGGUCAAACUAAUGGAACUCAUUUACCCUAGUUACCUCUGUGCUAAAGAAAGUCAGUUAUGUUCUUUCUCUCAUAUUACCAGUGGGCAGAAGCAUUUCAGAAAGGGAGCCUUGUUUUAAAUAUGUCGAGCCAAUCUAUAUUGACCUGAUCUGCAACAUUUAAUAAACGUUUGAGCUGAGAGCAGCACUGACUCCCUCAAUAGUUAAACAUGUCCUGCAUCAGAAAUUUAAGAUUGAACAUUCAUUUUUAAAUUUUUUCAUUGUCUAGGAACUCCUUCCUAUCCCAUCAGAGUGCUGUGCUGCCAUUUCAUGAGCGUACCCCCCUGUGCACACAGCAAGGCAAAUCCAUCUUUCAAUAUUUAAUGUCACAGGCAUGAUGUCUCCUGUCAGUUUUGAUCAACCCCUUCCCAAUUAGCACCAACUGGGCUGUCUAUUUGGUUAGUAAGUUAUGUAAGUGAGGCAAAGCUGUUUGAGACGCCUUGUCCUGGCUUUGGUGUGUUUUGCCCACAUUCAUCCACACCUAUUCUGUAAAUAGCAGGGCCUUAACAUUGAUGCAUUCAAAUAUAUCUGCACAGGAAAUAGAAUUAUACAAUCCUUGGUGUGGAAGCAGGCCAUUCACCCCACUGAGCCCACAUGGACCCUCCAAAGACCAUCCUAACCAGACCUACCUCCUGCUCUGUCCCUGAAACCCUGCAUAUCCCAUAGCUAAUCCACCUAGCCUGGCAUCCCUGGACACUAUGGGUAAUUUAGUAAAGUCAAUCUGCCUAAUCUACCCAUCUUCAGACAGUGGUAGAAAAGCCACGUAGACACGGGGAGAAUGUACAAACUCCACAUAGACAGUCACCUGAGGCUGGAAUGAAAUUCAAACCGUUGGGACUGUGAAGCAGCAGUACAAACCAUUGUGCCACUGUGCUGCCCACUCUUAAUAGCAUGCUCCUAAUCAGUGAUUUGACAGGAAAUCAUUCAGUCUGAUCUACUGUGAAAGAACAGACAUUGAUUUGAAAAAGUCUUUUUUGUGUUUUGUUUAAAUUGGGCUUUGAUUUUUUUCUAUCACACUUCUGCAGAUAAUAUACUCUGUUCUGAGCUCAAACGAGGUCCUUGAGUGGGAGAAGACCAUAUGGCCCAUUGAAUGUUCUAUGUCGUUCUGAGCUCACGCACGCACCCCCUAAUGCCGUAUGCGACCAUAGGUUAGAUUUUGGGAGAGAAGUACAAAUCUUUUCCCCCUGCCCCUCCUUUGUUCCGAGCAGCUGUCUUUAAUUUAAAAAAGUAAUAAUCAUUAAUGAUAUUUAAUUAAAAGCCUGAUAGGACUGCAAGAACUGCUGGACUAAUAAUGGCACAAUCAACACAGUGUGUUGCUGAGAAUGCGAGGAAGCCCAGCGAUCAAAGAAGGGCAGGAGACAGGUAAGUCCUGGGUUUUCAGGUCGUGGAGGAUUGGGCCCCCUCAGGAGCUGAGUGAGUUUUGGAGGCCAGGUGGGGAGAUGCAAAGCAGAAUGAGAAGGAAGAACCAGUAAAACAUGUGAUACCCACUGCCACAACCCAUAUAUUUCAGAAUGGAGGUCUAUUGCAAUCAGUAAGUUCAUUUCCAUGUAUUGAGUUUCUCUGUCCCAGGUGUUUUAAAAUCUUUGGGGCUGGUGCCUCCUGAAUAAUGUGCUGUCUUCCUGCCAUUUCACCAGGCAUUUUUAAAGAUAUGGACUUCCCUCUCAUCCUUUUGACACUCUGCAGUGUGUUAUGGCAGUGGUGGUUGAGGCUGAUGUGUUGGCAAUAAUUGGCUGCAUUAAGGUCCUUAAUAGACUUAAGGGCAGCUGGGUCGGGGACCACCUUCUCCUGUGUCUUGGGUAAUAAUGGACAUGAAUAUGGUGGUCUUUAGGACUAGGUACCCUGUAUGUUUUAUAUGCCCUCCCAAGCCAAAACACUCCUGGAAGGGGAUGAAAGUUUAAAAAAAAACUAAUGUUCAGUAUAAUAGAUUUAGUGACACUGUAUCUACAACUAUCUCAAGAAUAAAGUUACCAAAGUUUUCUGAUCUUUGCAUUGGGAGGUGAAAAAUCCUGUUCGCAGUCCUAAGUGAUUAGUCUCAUCCAGGAAAUGUACACAGCCAGGGAAACAAUCUCUGAGUAUUUACCACGCCAAAUCUGUCCAUCAUUCUGAAUAUUUUAAUGAAUUCAGCUCUCAUUCUUUUGAAACUCUAGAGAAUAAAGGCCUAAUUUAUUCAACUUCUGUUCAGAGAACAACCCUGCCAUCCUAGGGACCAGUCUGUGAACCUGUAUUGCUUCAAAUGCGCGUAUAUCCUUCCCAAUUGCACCCAGUAUUCAUGGUAUGGUCAUGCCAAAGCCCUGUACACUUUUAGAAAGAUUCAGUGAUCCUUGUACUUCAGUCCCCCUGCAAUAAAGAUUAAUGCACCAUUUGCUCUUCUAAUUGUUUGCUGUACCCACAGGCUGAGUUCCGUGUCCAAGGACAUCCAACUCUCACAGAAUAUCAACUACUUUUCUGUUCUUAAGACAAAAGUGGAUAACUGCAAUUUCCAGUGUUUACAGCACAUCAGGCUCAUUGUCGUCUACUGAAACUGUGUCUGCAUUUAUGUGAAGUUGAAAUCACAAUUGAAAGAAAUUGUUGAAGGGUUUAUCAUGGAGCUGAGUGUCAAUGAUACGCUUGAGGCCUUACACCUAACAUAGGGGCAGCACGGUGACUCAGUGGUUAGCACUGCAGCCUCACAGCGCCAGGGACCCAGGUUCGAUUCCAGCCUCGGGUAACUGUCUGUGUGGAGUUUGCACAUUCUCCCCGUGUCUGCAUGGGUUUCCUCCCACAGUCGAAAGAUGUGCAGGCUAGGUGGAUUGGCCAUGCCAAAUUGCCUGUCGUGUUCAGGGGUGUGUGGGUUAUUGAGGGAUGGGCCUGGGUGGGAUGCUCCAAGGGGCAGUGUGGACUUGUUGGGCCAAAGGGCCUGCUUCCACACCUUGUUUAAAAAAAAACCAAGAGAUGGGAGAGAAACUGGAGGAAACAAGCCUUACACAAAUAGAAAGUAAUACAAUAGGAUGUAUUUUAAGCCUGCAAUCUUUGGCAAAAUUUGCAUUUAUCACAUUAUAGGUUAGGAACAAUUUGCUUCAGAUGAUCAAUUACUGUUCAAAACUUGCAAAGCCUGACUUGGUUCAAUCAGAUGUUGAAAUAUUACAGUAAUGAGCAAUCAACAUUGGUAAUUGCAGUUCAUUUUUAGGCUGCAGUUUCCAAAUUUACAGUACUUGGUCACCUUUAGUAAAUCCAAUGUAGUGACAGCUCUCAUAGUGCUAAUUAAAUAGCACCUCUUAUUGGUUUCUACACUCAACAGUGACUUUGGAGGACCUUCACUGACUUUGAGAUGUUUAUUUUAUUAAAGCUGCUAUGUAAAUGUAUGAUGACAUUAAGGUUUCAAUCAAUAUAUUCAAUGUAAUAGUGCACUACUGAUCAAUUUUGUCAAUGCUUCUGUAUGGUAAAAUUAGGCAUUUCUGUUGUUUUACCCAACUUUGUGAUUUCUCAUCACAAAAUUUUGUUAUUAUUCCUAAGGCUUGGGAAAAAAUCAGAAUCCAUUAUUUUGCGAGUGAGAAAUGUUUAAAUGCUCGCUGGUUUUACUAAAACAGUGGAAAAAUUAAUUUAAGACUUCAUUUAAGGGGUCGAUUGUGCUGUCAGAAUCAGUCACAGUUCUGUAAUUGGGUGAUGAAAUACAGAACCGUCAAAGUAAUGCUGUGAGUUCCCACAUGGAGUCACUUGAAUUGUAUGCCUCGGCGGUUGCAAUCACACAUGAAGCUUCACUCACCAGUAUCUGAAUUAUGUUUAACAAUGGUCAGCUGGUCUGACUUCAAUAUUGAUAAUGGAACACUGACAAUAUUUUGGAAGAUGCAGCAUUAGAGGAUAGUUUAAACUUGACAUGAUGUGGGUGUGAAGUUCAAAAAAUAUGAGAAUCGCAGCUUGGGCCCCCUCCUUUCACACAGCUUGCAGAAACGUGCCACGUGACUUCACUUUCAAAUGAGACAAUGCUCAUUGAUUUGAGGUAAAAUCAAUUUACCUGAACAUAGUGAAAUAUUUAGCACGAAAUCUAGUGUGAUUCACACUUUGUUUCCUAGUUAAAUUUAAAGCAUUGGAUAGUCACCAUGAAUGUGUUCAGUGUAAAACUGAACUAUUCAAAGCAGGAAGUCGUAGGAGGUUGUGUGACUGCAAGCUCAAUGGGAAAUUCACCAUGAGUUGAUUCAUUUCCAAAUGUGCUUGUUUUUCAUUAUCAACUUGUUUCUCACAUUUAAUAAAAGCAUUAGUUGUGCUUGCUCAUCUUUUCUCAUUUGUAGCUCUGUCUUGAAGUUGUUGAUUCCUUUGUUGAGAUCAGAUACAAGCAAAUAUCCUGCCAUAAUGCACUUAACUAGUCAUUCAUAGGUGACAAGGUAGGACUAUAGCAAUAAGCAAAGUUGGGAAAGAGCAGGGUCUAUCAAAAUCCAGGUCAGCAUUUAUUGUGCAACUAAUGUAAUCAAAAAACAGAUCAUGUGUUUAUUGAGGGAGCUAGCUGUGCACAAACGGGGGACCUGUUUCUUACCGUUCAGUAAGAGUUAAAUGUUCACAAUAUUUCAUUGACUGAAAACACUUUGGCAUGCCCUAAGAUUGUGAAAGGCACUAUUUGAAUAAAAGUUAUUUCAACACAA